UUCUGACACAGGUGUUUUUUAGACUGAUAAGUUUUUAUCAUAUGUUAUUAGUUCAUAUCAUUUUAAAAUUUCUUUGUCAUCGGAGUAUUGUUAAAUACGUUUUACAAGUGCAGUUUUAAUGUGAAAAAUUAGUUCGUAACUAUUAUUCUAUCGGUUAGUUAAAAAUGCUUAUUAGUCAGGUUUUUAAGCUGGCGAGAGUGAUACAAUGAAGUAUUUGUCCAAAGGAUGUAAUUUUAGUUUGUUGGUGUUACGAAUUAAUGAAGUGAUUUGAAUAAUGUGACUUAAGUGUAAAACACUAAUGGAUAUUUUAAACAUCUACGCAAUUUCUAAAGUAAAAAUGAAGAAUGAUAAAUUAUUAGAUUUGGCUGUGAGUGGCAGCGAAGAAGAGGAUGAAAAUGAGUUUUACGAUGCAUUAGCCGAAGGAGGUAGUACUCCUAGCAUACAAUCAGACCGUCGUUUCACAUUAGAUAUCCCAAAGAGCGGAGCAGGAAGUGGAGCAGGAGGUAGCGAUUCGUCGAGUGAAACAGACGACGCACAAGAAAUACAACAAGUCGUCGUAGUGACAUCGACAGUCGAAGGUGUUCGUGACGCGAACGACACACGCACGGGAAUUGCAGAAGCAGGUGGAGACGUUGAAGAUUAUCAAAAGCAAGGAAGUGGCGACGGAAGUGUCACAUCUACCGUUAACGAAGAGAGUGCAAACGGUUCGUUAGUCAAACUGCCGCCUACUACAACCAAGCGCCAACGGCGCACUCGCGUGCCCGAUAAACCGAACUAUCCUCUAAAUCUUUGGAGCAUAAUGAAAAAUUGCAUUGGUAAAGAUUUGUCAAAGAUACCAAUGCCAGUUAACUUUAGCGAACCUCUUAGCAUGCUUCAAAGAUUAACUGAAGACUUUGAAUAUGCUGAACUUCUCGAUGCUGCGGCAAAGUGUGAUAAUGUAUAUGAACAAUGUGCAUUAGUGGCUGUGUUUACCAUAUCAUCGUAUUCUACAACGACUUGUAGGACCGCGAAACCUUUUAAUCCUCUUUUAGGCGAAACAUAUGAAUGUGAUCGUACUGACGAUUUAGGUUGGAAAGCAAUAAGCGAACAGGUAUCUCAUCAUCCUCCUAUAGUAGCGCAAUUUUGCGAAGGUCGUGGUUGGAAGUGCUGGCAAGAAUUCACCAUGACAUCUAAAUUUCGUGGAAAAUACCUGCAGGUUAUUCCAUUAGGAAUGGCUCAUGUGGAAUUUAAUAGUUCUGGAAAUAAGUACUCCUGGCGGAAGGUGACUACUACCGUGCAUAACAUAAUCGUUGGAAAAUUGUGGGUUGAUCAACAUGGUGAUAUGGAUAUAAUGGGAAGAGGUCGUGCUGCAGGAGUGAAUUGUCGCUUAAAAUACAUACCUUAUUCGUAUUUUUCAAAAGAAAGUCAACGCCGGGUCAAAGGUGCCGUCAUGGACGAUAAAGGAGUAGUGCGAUAUAUAGUUAAUGGAACAUGGGAUGAAAAGGUUGAAAUUGCCCCUGUUGUGGGCACUGGUGCUGUGAGUGGUCGUAUAGAACAUUCAAGAAAUAGUUCACUCAAUGCAAAAACUUCUGCGGCCUCUCUUGAAACUAUUUAUCAAACCGGAAAACCUCAAUUGGCAUGGAAGCGCCGAGAACCACCCCCGGAAUCUGAACGUUACUAUAAUUUUACCUUACUAGCAGCACAACUUAACGAACCAGAACCGGGAGUUGCGCCAACAGAUUCAAGAAUGAGACCAGAUCAGCGACUUAUGGAAGAAGGCAACUGGAAUGAAGCGAACAAAGAAAAGCUCAGAUUAGAAGAAAAGCAGAGGGCAUCAAGAAGGCAGAGAGAAGCAGAAGCUGAAAAAGCAGCUGCAGAAGGUCGACCAUAUCCUCCCUACAUGCCCCUUUGGUUCGAACAACGCCGUGAUCCUGAAGUAGACACCAUUUAUCAUAUGUAUAAAGACACCUAUUGGCAGUGUAAAGCGAAACAGGAUUGGUCUAUGUGUCCUGAUAUAUUUUAAUAAAGCUUUAUUUCACUUUCUGUCAUAAGGUUUCCAAAGUGAAAGUAAAACAAGUCGUUGUUAUUAAUGAGAAGUAAGUUAACAUAUAUAUAAUAUUAUCGUAAAAAGUUGUUUAUAUCGAUGCGAAUUUUAUAAUUUUAUGCUUCGUAUAGAGGUCAAGACAUAUGACAAAAUGAAAAGAAAACUUAAUAUUUAUGCGACCAAAAAAAUUGAAAUAAUGACAAUGAUGUUAAUUAUUACUAUUAUUAUUACCACAAAGAUAAUGUAUUAUAAUAAAAACGUCGGUUCCUGUAUAUAUUAUAUACAUAUUUAUAAUGAAAUUCCUUUGUCCUUCUCUUCUUUAUUCUAGUUUUAACUUUGUGAUUAACUAGUGGAGGUUGAAACUAUUAAAUCAAAUUGUUUAUAAUAACAAAUAAGCAUAGUACGGUCUGUUGUUGGUGUAAGGAUGUAGUAAUGAAUAGAACGCAAAUUAUUUUAUUAUAUCUUGUACAUUGCUAUUAUCAUAAUUAGAAAAUGUGAAAUUGUA